AACAAUCGGAAACUAAAGACCCGCAAGUUUAUGCUCAUAUCUUUUCGACCAUUUUUUUGUGUGCUUGGGGAUAUCAUAUUCCAGAAUGCACUCAGAUGCAGGAGGACUAGGAAUGUUGAGUCCUAAACUGGUCAGGCUGCAGAUGCAGUCGUCAUAUGUAAUUUUCGUUAUUUGCUUCUGCAAUAUUAUUAGUAUGAAUAACGUCACUGAGGCAGCCACGACAGUCAAGCUGCCGGAGAAUGUGACCGUCCCGGCUAUUAUUAUAUUCGGAGAUUCGAUUGUUGAUACCGGCAACAACAACGAGAACUUCAAGACAUUUGCACGCAGCAAUUUCCUUCCCUACGGAAAAGACCUCAAGGGAGGAAUGCCAACCGGCAGAUAUUCCAACGGAAAGGUUCCCUCAGACUUCAUAGCGGAAUCAUUUGGAAUCAAGGAGCUGUUGCCAGCAUACUUGGAUCCGACCCUGCAGCCUAAUGACAUCCUUACCGGUGUUGUCCUAGCAGCCGGUGGCGCAGGUUAUGACCCUUUGACAGCAAAACUUGCGGCAGUUGCAUCGCUAUCCGACCAAUUGAAGCAGUUCAAGGAGUACAUAGAAAAGCUGAAAGGAAUUGUUGGAGAGGAGAAAACAAACUUCAUCAUAAAAAACAGUGUGAUUUUUGUGGUAGCCGGCAGCAACGAUAUUUCUAAUACCUAUUUUCUUAGCGGUGUUAGGAAAUUGGAGUAUGACGUUCCUUCUUACACUGAUUUCAUGGUCAAAUAUGCCUCUGAUUUCAUUAAGGACUUAUAUGGCUUGGGGGUACGAAGAAUAGCCGUACUAAGCAUACCACCUAUCGGAUGCGUGCCAUCUCAACGAACGGUAAAAGGAGGCAUAGGAAGAGAUUGUGACGAAGCACAAAACCAAGCAUCCCAGCUGUUCAACUCCAAGCUCUCUGCGGAGAUGGAUCGUCUUAACAAAAACCUGCCAAACUCGAGAGUUGUCUACAUUGACAUGUACAAUGUGAUACUUGAUCUCAUCACAAACCCUGCUAAACACGGGUUUGAAGUUGUGAAUAAAGGUUGUUGUGGUACUGGCCUUAUUGAAGUAACAAAACUGUGCAACCAGCUCCAACCUGCCGGGGUCUGCACAGAUGACUCUAAGUAUUUUUUUUGGGACAGCUACCAUCCUACCGAAAGAGCUUACAAGAUCGUCGUGAAUCAGAUGCUCGACAAAUAUGCCAGCCGCCUGUUCUGAGACAACUCAUUAUCCCUAUAAAUUAAUAAAACCCUUCAAAUUCCCUGCUUCGAGUAACGAUUUGAGAAAUUUAUUCCUUCUAGACUUAUUUGAUCAAAGAGUUGCGUGUUUCUCAUAGUUUUCUCUUAUUUAUUUAUAUUUUUUAUGUCAAAGUGUUUCUUUAUGAUUUAGGUCAA